AUGCCAAGCUGCUUUGUUGUGACACUUUGGGCUGCAAACAAUGGUUUUGUAAUUAAACUCCAGCAUCGAGAUUUAACUCAGAACAAGGCCGAACAGGAUGCUAUACAGGAUGUGACAGACAGAGAUGUGGAUAUGGAAGACAAAGCAACACAGGAUGAGGAUGAGGAUCAGAUGAAUAAUGAGGAUAUAGAACCUGUACAGAAUGGUGACAAGGACAUCCCUCCACACGAGGAAAGGCCAGAUCCUGAGUUUGAAUACCAUCCGUUCAUUAAUGGUGAUUAUUCUGUUUGCCGUGUGAUGAACACAGUGUCUAUCUAUGUACCUGCAGGAGAGCCGCCUAUUCCACCGCAGAAUCCCUCCAAGGACGACUGGACACCAUAUCGUGAUCACAUUGAAUUUGAAGCUGCCAAACUGCUGCAUCAGAAAACACAGGUGUCUGCUGGGGAUAUCAAUACGCUCAUGGACCUUUGGUGUGCAUCCUUUGGUGUCAUGGAUGAUAUUGACUCUCGUAUUGCUGCCACACCAUCAUUUCCUGGUCUACGCAGGUUUCCCCAAGGCCAUGGAUAUAAGCAAUGGAUGGGGGAUGACUCCAAAGCAUUGAUGAAGGUCUAUCUUCCUGCGCUUGUGGGUCAUGUACCUGAUGGCAUUGUACUCACCUUCCAUGCAUUUUUAGACUUCUGUUAUCUUGUACAACAUGAAAUACAAGAUGACAAUACAAUUGCUGAAAUUAAAGAUGCACUGGAUGAUAUUCUAACAUAUGCAUGGGCCAAUGCCAACUUUGAGCUUGAAGAUCUUAGGGACAUAGAAGAAGAUGCCAAUGAAGUCAGGACCAGCAACUAA